AAAAAAAAACACCUUGGCGGACCCCAGACAAUCGAUGACAAGUCGGGACCCUCUGCAGUACUACGGAACAUGGCGCAUGUCAUUCCGGCGGAUCGCGAAGAAUGGCAUAUGAUGGUUACUGAUCGAUUCUACACUUCGGUGGCGCUAUCGUUGGAGCUACUUUCACGGAAAAUUUUUACGGUUGGAACAAUUCAAACGCGGCGAAUCGGGUUUCCUGAGGCGCUGAAGGACGGUAAAAAAAAGCGACCAGAAACCAUCAGACGCGGCGCAUACAGGAUCGCGCGAAACAAGAAGGUACCUGAAAUGGUAGCCUGUGUUUGGAUGGAUUCUAAACCAGUACAUCUGCUGGUGACUGGUGCCAGUACACACGAGCAAACAACUGGUACGUUUGAUGAUGUUGUAGCGGAUGUAUACCCUUCCAACUUUUUUUUGUAG